GAAGCUAAAAACGAACGAAUUUCUUACAUGCUUAAGACUGCGUAGUAGAUUCAGUAUGCUUUGUUUAAUAGAACUUCGGCCAGUAAAUUGCGUAAGUUUGUGAUGGAAAUUGUGAAUUUGUACGAGUCUAAAAUUAAAAUAUCCCAUUGAAUUCUGCUUAAGGGUAUAUCAACAUUUUAAAAUAAUAUUCACCGUUUGAAAAACGAAGCGAAAAACGUACGAACUUCUUGCGUUUACGAGACCCGUGUCAUAUGUUAUAAUAAUUGCUUCUUCGCUUAGCAGUCCUAUGGCUCACCAAACGACACUUUCCUCUCGGACAUAAGGUCUUAAAUAUAUCUCUCAAAUUCCCCUAUACAGAUCGACAGGAAUCUACGAAAGAAAACAACAUGUUCGGAUCAUUGGUCCUGUUACCUUCAGCUUUCCUGCUGUUUAUGGUUUUCAUAACCGGGGAAACAGUAGUGAACGUGAAUAAUCCCAUUUCUCCGAAAGAGUACCAAGCUAAGAUUCGAGCAGGAUUUUCCACAAAUUGGUUCAAAUCAAAGUCGCCACAGAAAAAGUACUCGGAACAGAACAUCAUAGACGUCCACGAGAAAGGCUUUAGUAACUUAAGGCUUCGAUGCAGGGCAGAUCUAUAUUCAUACAACUACUCCGCUGUCAACUUCACAUGGUUUCUUGGCAACCUGACGACUGUUGUCGACUAUUGUCUGAAACACGAUGUGAUUCCAAUCAUCUCCUGGAUUCACCAUCAAGCAGAGGCCUGCACUUACGUGGAUUGGUGGACAGCGGUGGCAAAGCAGUUAAAAGACAAGGACUACAGACUGAGUUUUAAUCUUUUUACAGAACUUGGAAAAGACACUUGUAAACGAAACAACAAAAGUAGCGAGAGUCUUCGCAAGAAAACCCACAAAUACAACCUCUGGACCAGGAAUGUGACAAAAGCGAUCCGUAAAACAGGUGGGAACAACGCUCAGCGUAUACUUAUUUUGGGAUCUCCUGAAAAAACUGCCAAGGACUUAUUUAAAAUCGAUAAAAUAAUCUAUAAAAAUGAUCCAUAUAUGAUGGCUGAGUGGCAUAUUUAUGCAUCUGGUCCAAACAAAGUGCUCGGUUCCAAGAAGUACUGGAGCGACAAUGGCACUUCUGGAGGCCGAAACAAUGUCAAAACAGCAAUUAAACAAGCAACAGAUUACACGAAUAAAUCUGAUUUGCUGACAUACCUCGGUGCGUGGAUGCCGCAAGAUAAGAUAACGGAGUCGGAAGCUAUCAACUUCGCACGGUUCUUUGUUGCCGAGCUGGGCAAAGUCAACAUACCAUGGUCUUUGAACGUCCUGGAUCGCUACUAUAACACCACAAACAAGACAUGGUUGACAGGGGACCAGGAGAUCCAAAAGAGAAAAUUGAAUAUGUCCAUGAUUUUGGACAAUAUUCGUGAACUAAUGCCAUAAAUUCUGAAAAUUCUGUAGACGAAUCUAGA